AUGUCCUUCAGUUCUCGAAUCGCUAAAGUCGGCUACAGAAGCAGACCCACCCAGCCCUCCGUGACCGUGGAGACGCUCAAGGAAAUGCAGCAAAAGUUAAAAGAGGAACGGGAGGCUAAGCGUGCCCAGCUAGAUGGAAGACAUGACUACAUUCUCAGUAUUGUGGCUUCAUGUCUGGGACUGGAGAAGGCUGACGUGGAAGACGCCAUACUGGAAGGAAAUCAGAUUGACCGAAUGGAGCAAUUCUUUGUAGCAAAUGGUCAGCCACAUCUAAUGUUUUUCUCUCAGGACACGCAGCCAGUUGAAGGAGAAGCUGCAGCAGCUGCACCCUCUGCAUCCGUCAUGCUUGUUUCUCAGCAGCCUGAGCAAAGAAUGAAGUCCAAAGUGUUUGUGACAGACGGGAGGGAUGUGGCAUUGACCGGAGUAUGUGUCUUUUUCACCAGAGCCAACGUUCUGAAAGCAAUUUCCUCUGAGAACAUACACAGAGAUGUCAAUUUCAACAUGUUGGACACAACAAAUGUGGGUCUGCUAAAAAGUGUGGAGCAGCUGCUGUCUGAGAUCUUUAUUCCCACACUGAGGAAGAUGAAUCACGGCUGGGGGGAACUGACCAGUCCCCAGGCCCAGUCUGUCAAACAGGACUUUAUAUCAUCACUUGAAAGUUUUGUGUCAGUUCUGGCUGGAGCACAGGAGAGUCUACAAGAAAAGGUUACUUUUAAAGAGUGUGACACAUUUGACUUACGGGUAUUGAAAGGCCCAGCAGACUAUGCAGCAGCCGCCAACAGCACAGAAACAACCGAAAAGAUAGAGGCCUGCAUGAAAGUCUGGAUCAAACAGAUAGAACAGGUUCUAGCUGAGAGUGACCAACUCAGAAAGGAGGCUGAUGACCUUGGUCCUCGUGCUGAAUUGGACCACUGGAAGAAACGGAUGUCUCGCUUCAACUACCUUCUGGACCAACUGAAAACCCCUGAUGUCAAGGCUGUAUUGGGAGUGCUCUUGAUGGCCAAAUCUAAACUUAUUAAGUCAUGGCGGGAUCUAGACAGAAGGAUCACUGAUGCAGCCAAUGAGGCCAAAGACAAUGUCAAGUACCUCUACAGCCUGGAGAAGUUUUGUGAUCCCCUUUACAACAGUGAUCCUGUGUCAAUGGUAAAUGCAAUCCCAGGUUUGAUCAACGCCAUCCGCAUGAUUCAUAGUAUUUCUCGAUACUACAACACCUCAGAAAAGAUAACGUCCCUUUUUGUGAAGGUGACAAAUCAGAUGAUCACUGCUUGCAAAGCCUACAUUACUAAUAAUGGUGCAAAUUCAAUAUGGGACCAGGCUCAGCAAGUUGUUGCUGAUAAAAUCCAAGCAGCCAUCCACCUAAAUCAGGAGUACCAACGGUGUUUCCAUAAAGUUAAGGAGAAACUGGAACAAACGCCCUCAGAGAGACAGUUUGACUUUAGUGAGAUGUACAUAUUCGGGAAGUUUGAUACGUUCCAGCGACGUCUCAAGAAAAUCCUGGAAAUGUUCAGUACCAUUUCCACCUAUUCUGCACUACAAGAUUCCAAAAUUGAAGGGCUGGAAACCAUGGCCACCAGGUUUCAGACUGCAGAAAUGCAGGCAAAAUGGGAGGCUAUUGUGAUGAACAUGAGGACAAAGCACUACAGUUUCCUAGACCACAGACGAACUGACUUUGAUGUUGACUAUGAGGAAUUCAGCAAAAACACCUAUGAGCUUCACAAUCAGCUCAGGGGUUUCAUGGAUGGCACCUUUGAAAGAAUUCAAAACACAGAAAGAGCUUUAAAUGUGCUGAAAAAGUUUGAGAGACUGGGCAUUCCUGAUCUAAGCAUUGAAGAGAAGUACCAGCAAAUUCUUCAGAAUUAUGGUCGAGACAUUGAAAUGGUUUCCCGCAUCUAUGUGAAGCAAAACCUGGACCCACCCAUUGGUAGGAAUAUGCCACCAGUGGCUGGAAGGAUCAUUUGGGCUCGGCAGCUUUACAGACGAAUUCAGGGUCCCAUGGAUCUCUUUCAACAGCAACCGGGUGUUUUUUCCACAACGGAUGCCAAGAGGAUUAUCAAGAAUUUUAACAGGGUAGCAAGGAUCUUGUUGGAAUACGAGAUGCUCUACCAUCACAGUUGGAUGACAAAGAUGGAGGAGGCAAGGGUGGGCCUGCAGGCCUCUCUGUUGGCGCGGUCUCCAGAGACAGGGGAACUGAUUGUGAACUUCAAUCCAGAGAUUAUGACCCAGAUAAGGGAAGCAAACUGCAUGACACGGAUGAACUUGGAGAUCCCUCCUUUUGCUGCACUGUUGCAACAGAAACAGGACAACCUGAAGAAAAACUACAACAGAUUGCAACUUGCGCUGAGUGAAAACAGCCGAGUGCGGGCUAAGAUUCAGAGUGCUUUUGAACAGCUGACCACGCCACAUGUUGCCAAGGUUGAUGAAGCUAUUCAGCCAGGUUUGAUAUCCCUCAACUGGACUUCUCUGAACAUCGAUAAUUAUCUCAGCAGCAUUGAUAAAGCAUUAGCUGACCUGGAGCUACUGAUGGACAGAGUUAAUGAUUUGGUGGAGUUUCGGAUUGAUGCAGUACUGCAAGAGAUGAGUAUGUCCACACUGUGCAUUCUGCCUGAGGAUGAGCCAGUCACCUGUGAGGAAUUUGUACAAACAACAAGGGACCUUUGCAUCAAACAAGCACAGAAUCUACAUAUUAAGAGUGCACUGGUGGAGGAGGCUGCCAAUGAACUGAUCAACAUGCUAAUGGAGUUUGACCACAGUCAGAGAGAGGAGGAGGAGAAGGCUGAGGAAGAAAGCUGCACUGAGAACAAGACCAUAGACCACCUUGACAGUGAAGGCGAAGAUGAGCACCGCUCUGAGGGUCGUCUCUUCUCUAGAAACACGUUGCUCCCUCCUGUUAGUGUUGGUCCUUCCUCUCCCUUGUUGCGAAGAAAGAAAAAGAAACAUCUGAUGGAAGUUAUGGAAGAGGAAGCCCAGGAGCUACUCACCUUCUUUAACCACCGCAACAUGGAUGCCUUGCUCAAAGUGACGCGUAACACCUUGGAGAUGCUUCGCAAGCGUAUCCAUACAUCCUCUGUCAUGCAUUUCUUGGGGGAGAGUGACUCACCAAGCUGCGGCAAAAGUGCCGGUCAGCAGGCUAUCUUCAGAGCCAAUGUGACCCUCUCUAUACCCAACAUUACCAUUGUGCCAGCCCUGGAGGAGGUCCAGCAGGCUCUUAACUGGGUUGUAGAGUGUGUGGUCAGUGUCAGCAAAGGAGUGAGCCAGUGGAGCAGAGAAAGAAUCUCCAAGAGAAAAAUGAAUGAAAGACGAAUGGCAGCUCUGACACAACACAGUUCUGAGAGCGAGUCAGAUGAUGGAGCAACAACACACAGGAGCCUGGCUGAUGGCAGCAUCUCAGACAUUUCAGCAUCUGUGAUCCAAGCAAUUCCAUUCAAAGCAAGAAAUUAUUACAAGAGUGUGUUUGAGAACAAGGAGAUUGCUAAACUGGUGUCUGUUCUCAGUACAUCUAUCACCUCCACCAAAAAGCAAGUGGUCACUGCUCUAGACCGCUUUAGCCAUUACCAUCAUAUUUGGAAAAAAGAUCGCGAGGAUACCAUGCAAAGAUUCAUCCAAGGAAAUCCCUCGCUGUCAGAGUUUGAGAGCCAGAUCCUUUUCUAUCGAGAUCUAGAGCUGAAAAUAAACUCAAAACCAGAGUACAUUACUGUGGGAGCAUUGGCUUUAUUCACAGCAUCCUUGAAGAUGUCUCUCACUGCUGAAACUAAGAAUUGGAUGUUGGAUUAUGGACUAUACUGUAACAGGAAAUAUCGCUCAGAAAUGGAGCACAUCUUUGCUUUUGUUGAUGAAGCAGGAAAGAAACUGAAUCGGCAGAUAAAAGACCUAGACGACAUCCGCAUAGCAAUGGCUGCUCUUAAGGAGAUCAGAGAGCACCAGAUUUCUAUUGAUUUUCAAGUUGCACCCAUAGAGGAGUCCUAUGCUAUGCUUCAUAAGUAUGACCUGUCAGUAGCCAAAGAAGAGGUUGAUAAGGUGGAUACUCUACGUUACACAUGGGAAAAGCUCCUGUCUCGGACCACAGAGGUACAGAAUGAAUUGGUUGCCCUGCAACCAAACUUCCGAGGAGAUCUGGUGAGCAAUGUUGACAUCUUUCAGGAGGACUGUCAGCAUUUUUAUCUGGAAUAUGAGAAGGAUGGGCCUAUGGUGGUUGGGCUAGCUCCUCAGGAUGCCAGUGACAGACUGAUCAUGUUUCAGAAUCGAUUUGACAAUUUGUUCAGGAAGUACAUCACUUACACAGGUGGAGAGGAACUUUUCGGACUUCCUGUUACCCAGCAUUCCCAGUUGUUGGAGAUUAGAAAACAGCUGACACUACUGCAGAAGUUGUAUGGCCUUUAUAACAGUGUCAUUGAAACAGUCAAUGGUUACUACGACAUCCUAUGGGCAGACAUCCACAUUGAAAAGAUCAAUAAUGAGCUGCUCGACUUUCAGACAAGAUGUCGAAAGCUGCCCCGGGCUCUGAAGGAGUGGCAGGCCUUUCUGGACCUGAAGAAAACCAUUGAUGAGUUCAGUGAGUGCUGCCCAUUGUUGGACCUAAUGACCAACAAAGCUAUGAUGACGCGCCACUGGAAGAGAAUAACAGAGGUGACUGGACAUACCUUUGAGGUAGAAACUGAUACAUUCAAGCUACGAAACAUUAUGGAAGCUCCUCUUCUUAAAUAUAAAGAGGAGAUUGAGGAUAUCUGUAUCAGUGCUGUCAAAGAACGAGACAUUGAGCAGAAGCUGAAGCAAGUGAUUGCUGAGUGGGACAACAAAACGUUCACUUUUGCCAAUUUCAAGACCCGCGGAGAACUGCUGCUGAGGGGCGACAGCACAUCAGAGAUCAUUGCCAGCAUGGAGGACAGCCUGAUGAUUUUAGGCUCUCUCAUGAGCAACAGAUACAACUCUCCAUUCAAAGUUCAGAUUCAGAAAUGGGUUCAGAAUCUUUCCAACACCACUGAUAUAAUCGAACACUGGAUGACUGUCCAGAAUCUCUGGAUCUACCUGGAGGCUGUUUUUGUGGGUGGAGACAUUGCCAAACAGCUGCCAAAGGAGGCAAAGCGUUUCUCCAACAUUGACAAAUCCUGGGUGAAGAUCAUGAUGCGUGCCCAUGAAAUGCCCAAUGUUGUACAGUCAUGUGUGGGAGAUGAGACCAUGGGACAGCUGCUUCCUCACCUACUUGAACAGCUGGAGAUUUGCCAGAAGUCCCUCACAGGCUAUUUGGAGAAGAAGCGUCUCUUGUUUCCACGUUUCUUCUUUGUCUCUGACCCUGCCCUGCUAGAGAUUCUGGGUCAGGCCUCAGACUCCCACACCAUCCAGGCCCAUCUUCUAAAUGUAUUUGACAACAUCAAAUGUGUCAAAUUUCAUGACAAGGUAUAUGACCGUAUUCUGGCUGUGUCAUCACGAGAAGGGGAGACCGUGGAGCUGGAGCGUCCGGUCACAGCAGAAGGAAAUGUUGAGGUGUGGCUGAAUGCUCUGCUGAAAGAAUCCCAGAGGUCCUUACACCUGGUGAUCAGACAGGCUGCUUUGACCAUCCAGGAUUCUGGUUUUCAGCUCAUUGAGUUCCUCAACUCGUUUCCCGCUCAAGUGGGCCUGCUUGGCAUCCAGAUGAUAUGGACAAGGGACUCAGAGGAGGCUCUUACCAAUGCACGAUAUGAUCGUCGUAUUAUGUCUAAAACCAACCAGCUCUUCUUGGAUCUGCUUAACACGCUUAUUGACAUGACCACAAGAGAUUUAGAAUCUGUGGAGAGGACCAAGUACGAGACCCUUAUAACAAUCCAUGUCCACCAGAGGGACAUAUUUGAUGAUCUGUGCCGGUUGCAUGUGAAAAGCCCCAAUGACUUUGAGUGGCUGAAGCAGUGUCGUUUCUACUUCAAUGAGGACUCGGACAAGAUGAUCAUCCACAUAACUGAUGUAGGCUUUGUGUACCAGAAUGAGUUCUUGGGCUGCACGGAAAGGCUUGUCAUUACACCUUUGACUGAUAGGUGCUACAUCACCUUGGCCCAGGCUCUUGGUAUGAGUAUGGGUGGGGCUCCAGCUGGUCCUGCGGGAACCGGAAAGACGGAGACCGUAAAGGACAUGGGUCGGUGUCUGGGAAAGUAUGUUGUGGUUUUCAAUUGCUCUGACCAGAUGGACUUCCGAGGAUUGGGAAGAAUAUUCAAAGGUCUGGCUCAGUCUGGCUCGUGGGGCUGUUUUGAUGAGUUCAACCGCAUUGACCUCCCAGUUCUGUCUGUGGCAGCCCAGCAGAUAGCCAUAGUCCUUACUUGUAAGAAAGAACGGCGCAGAAACUUUGUCUUCACUGACGGUGACAGCAUAGAUAUGAAUCCAGAGUUUGGGAUCUUCCUAACAAUGAACCCAGGUUAUGCAGGCCGCCAGGAGCUUCCUGAAAACCUCAAAAUCAACUUCCGCUCUGUAGCCAUGAUGGUUCCUGACCGCCAGAUCAUUAUAAGGGUUAAACUGGCAAGCUGCGGAUUUAUAGACAACAUGGAGCUGGCUCGCAAGUUCUUUACUCUGUACAAGCUGUGUGAAGAGCAACUUUCUAAACAGGUGCACUAUGACUUUGGCCUGCGGAACAUUUUGUCAGUUCUGCGAACUCUGGGAGCAGCAAAGCGAGCCAACCCCAGUGACACAGAGUCCACCAUCGUCAUGAGGGUUCUUCGGGACAUGAACCUUUCCAAACUGAUCGAUGAGGAUGAGCCGCUUUUCCUGAGCUUGAUUGAGGACCUCUUCCCAGGCAUCCAACUGGAUAAAGUCGGCUACCCUGAGCUAGAGGCUGCCAUAGACAUACAGGUCGAGGAUGCUGGUCUGAUUAUCCAUCCUCCCUGGAAGCUAAAGGUCAUCCAGCUGUUUGAGACUCAGAGGGUCCGACAUGGCAUGAUGGCAUUGGGGCCAAGCGGAGCUGGAAAGACAACUUGUAUUCAUACACUGAUGAGAGCUAUGACAGAAUGCAGUCAACCCCACCGUGAGAUGCGAAUGAACCCCAAAGCCAUCACUGCACCUCAGAUGUUCGGCCGUCUUGAUGUUGCAACAAAUGACUGGACUGAUGGCAUCUUCUCUACACUUUGGCGGAAAACAUUGAAAGCAAAGAAAGGAGAGAACAUUUGGAUAGUGCUGGAUGGACCUGUUGAUGCCAUCUGGAUUGAAAACCUAAACUCUGUAUUAGAUGACAACAGAACCCUCACACUAGCAAACGGGGACCGCAUACCAAUGGCCCCCAACUGUAAGGUGGUUUUUGAGCCACACAACAUUGACAACGCUUCACCGGCAACUGUGUCACGCAAUGGAAUGGUGUUCAUGAGCUCCUCUGUGCUCAGUUGGAGCCCUAUAUUAGAGGGUUGGUUGAAGAAGCGCUCCUCCCAGGAGGCAGAAAUACUGAGACAACUAUUCUGUUCCUCCUUCUCUGAGCUGUAUCGCUUCAGUGUGCAGUCAUUAGAGUUCAAGAUGGACAUGCUAGAGGCCUUUGUCAUCAUGCAGUGUAUUAAUAUGCUGCAGGGACUCAUUCCACCAAAGGAGCAGAGUGGUGAGUUAUCCACAGAGCACCUGGAGCGACUCUAUGUCUUUGCCCUCAUGUGGAGCACAGGUGCCUUACUUGAGUUGGAAGAUCGGAGGAAGAUGGAGUUCUGGCUCAGAGCAAAUGAGAGUGUCUGCCUUAAUUUGCCAGACAUUCCUCCUGACAGCGAGGACACAAUGUUUGACUACUAUGUCACGACAGAUGGGCGCUGGAUCCAUUGGCGCACCAGGGUUGAGGAAUAUGUCUAUCCAUUUGACUUCACCCCAGAAUACAGCUCCAUCCUGGUCCCCAAUGUGGAUAAUGUGAGAACAGACUUCCUAAUUCAGACCAUCGCCAAGCAGGGCAAGGCUGUUUUGCUGAUUGGAGAACAAGGAACAGCUAAAACUGUCAUGAUCAAGGGUUAUAUGUCAAAGUAUGACUCGGAGACCCACAUGGGCAAGAGUCUGAAUUUCUCCUCUGCUACCACACCACUCAUGUUCCAGAGAACUGUCGAGAGCUACGUGGAUAAGAGGAUGGGGACCACUUAUGGUCCCCCUGCUGGGAAGAAAAUGUCCAUUUUUAUAGACGAUAUCAACAUGCCUGUCAUAAAUGAAUGGGGAGACCAGGUGACUAAUGAGAUUGUCAGGCAGCUGAUGGAGCAAAAUGGGUUUUUCAAUCUGGAGAAACCAGGGGAGUUCACCAAUAUUGUUGAUGUUCAGUUCCUGGCAGCCAUGAUUCAUCCAGGAGGAGGCCGGAAUGACAUUCCACAGAGACUUAAAAGGCAGUUUUCAAUCUUUAACUGCACUCUGCCCUCCAAUGCCUCCAUUGAUAAGAUUUUUGGUGUUAUUGGCAAAGGCCACUUUUGUGAACGCCGGGGUUUCAGUGUGGAGGUUCGCAGCACUGUGCAUCACUUGGUGUCUCUAACCCGCCAACUCUGGCAGCUGACCAAGCUCAAGAUGCUUCCAACACCCGCAAACUUCCAUUACAUCUUCAACCUGAGAGAUCUGUCCAGGGUGUGGCAAGGCAUGCUCAGCACCAAUGCUGAGGUGGUUGAUUCUGUCCAAGUGCUGCUGGCACUGUGGAAGCAUGAAUGCACCCGUGUGAUAGCGGAUAGGUUCACAAUGCCUGAUGACGUGGUGUGGUUUGACAAAGCACUGACAGACCUUGUGGAAAUGGAGCUUGGGGAGGAGUACAAGAGUUUAGUGGACUAUGGGGUAGAGAGAUACUUUGUUGACUUCUUACGAGAUGCCCCAGAAGCUACAGGAGAAGAGCCAGAAGAUUCAGACUUUGAUUUGCCCAAGGUGUACGAGCCAAUCGAAUCCUUCGAGAGCUUAAAGGACCGUCUCAACAUGUUCCUGUCCCAUUACAAUGAGAGUGUCAGGGGCACUGGCAUGGAUAUGGUCUUCUUUCAGGAUGCAAUGAUUCAUCUGGUCAAGGUGUCCAGAAUAAUCCGCACACCUGGAGGCAAUGCCUUGUUGGUGGGUGUUGGGGGCUCUGGCAAGCAGAGCCUGACCAGACUGGCCUCAUUUAUUGCAGGAUACAAGAUCUUCCAAAUCACUCUAACACGCUCAUACAACACAGCUAACCUGAUGGAUGACCUUAAAAGUCUAUACAGAACUGCUGGCCAACAUGGAAAGGGUGUCAGCUUCAUCUUUACUGACAACGAAGUUAAAGAAGAGUCCUUCCUGGAGUACAUGAAUAACCUUCUGUCAUCAGGAGAGGUGUCCAGCUUAUUUGCCCGUGAUGAGAUUGAUGAGAUCCUCAGUGACCUCAUCCCAGUCAUGCGACGCGAGUUUCCCAAGCGACCACCCACCAAUGAAAACCUGUACGAGUACUUCAUGUCACGAGUCCGACAUAAUCUCCACGUGGUUCUGUGCUUUUCUCCUGUUGGGGAAAAGUUCCGUAAUCGGGCUCUGAAGUUUCCAGCACUGAUAUCUGGUUGCACUAUGGACUGGUUCAGCCGCUGGCCAAAAGACGCACUUGUGGCAGUAUCAGAGCACUUCUUAUCUCUGUACGACAUAGACUGCUCGGCCCAGGUCAAGAGAGAGGUGGUCCAGUGCAUGGGCUCCUUCCAGGACGGUGUUGCAGAGAAGUGUGUAGAAUACUUCCAAAGAUACAGACGUUCCACCCAUGUCACACCCAAGUCCUACCUUUCCUUCAUCCAGGGAUACAAGAACAUCUAUAAGGAAAAACGGUCUGAAGUCCAGACACUGGCCAACAGGAUGAACACUGGUCUACAAAAGCUGAAGGAGGCAUCUGAGUCGGUCGCAGCUCUCAGCAAAGAGCUGGAGGUGAAAGAGAAGGAACUGCAGGUUGCUAAUUACAAAGCUGACAUGGUGCUGAAAGAAGUGACUGUCAAAGCCCAGGCAGCGGAGCGGGUGAAGGUAGAGGUACAGAAAGUGAAGGACAAGGCCCAGGCUAUUGUAGACAGUAUUUCAGCCGACAAGGCCAUUGCUGAGGAGAAACUGGAAGCUGCUCGGCCGGCAUUGGAGGAGGCAGAGGCUGCACUGCAAACUAUCAAGCCGUCAGACAUUGCCACAGUGCGAAUACUUGGCCGACCUCCCCACCUUAUCAUGCGGAUCAUGGAUUGCGUCCUUUUACUCUUCCAAAGGCGAGUCAACACUGUGAAGAUUGAUCCAGAGAAGAACUGCAACACUCCAUCUUGGCAGGAGUCCCUGAAACUCAUGACAGCUGGAAACUUCCUGGGCAGCUUGCAGCAAUUCCCCAAAGACACCAUUAAUGAAGAAAUGGUAGAGCUACUACAGCCUUACUUUGAAAUGUCUGAUUACAACAUUGAAACAGCCAAGAGAGUUUGUGGUAAUGUGGCUGGCCUUGCAUCCUGGACCAAAGCAAUGGCCUCCUUCUUCUCCAUCAACAAGGAAGUCCUUCCCUUAAAGGCUAACCUUGCAGUGCAGGAAAAUCGACUGACUAUUGCAAACGUGGACCUUCAGAAAGCACAGGCUGAACUGGAUGCCAAGCAGGCGGAGCUGGAUGUGGUGCAGGCGGAUUAUGAGAAGGCCAUGAUGGAGAAACAGACGUUGCUGGAGGAUGCUGAACGCUGCAGACACAAAAUGCAGACAGCCUCCAGUCUCAUCAGCGGCCUUGCUGGUGAGAAGGAGAGAUGGACCGAGCAGAGCAAAGAGUUUGCUGCCCAAACCAAACGCCUUGUGGGAGAUAUUCUUCUGGCCACAGCGUUCCUUUCUUACUCUGGCCCCUUUAAUCAGGAGUUUCGUAAUCUCCUGCUGAAUGACUGGCAGAGGGAGUUGAAGCAGCGUUGCAUCCCAUUUGGCAACAACCUCAACCUGACCGAGCUGCUAAUUGAUGCACCUACUGUCAGUGAAUGGAACCUCCAGGGGCUGCCGAAUGAUGACUUAUCCAUUCACAAUGGUAUUAUUGUGACUAAAGCUGCCCGGUUCCCUCUCCUCAUUGACCCACAAACACAGGGAAAAAUCUGGAUUAAGAACAAAGAAGCCAGGAAUGAGUUGCAGAUCACGUCACUGAACCAUAAGUACUUCAAAAAUCAUCUUGAGGACAGUUUGUCUUUUGGUCGACCAUUCUUGAUUGAAGAUAUCGGGGAAGAGUUGGACCCUGCGCUUGACAACAUUCUUGAGAAAAACUUCAUCAAAACAGGCUCUACUUACAAGGUGAAAGUUGGUGACAAAGAGGUGGAUGUGAUGAAAGGUUUCAGGCUUUAUAUGACCACAAAGCUUCCUAACCCAGCUUACACUCCUGAAAUCAGUGCUCGCACCUCCAUCAUUGACUUCACUGUUACCAUGAGAGGACUCGAGGAUCAACUACUGGGCAGAGUCAUCCUCACUGAAAAACAGGAAAUGGAAAAGGAGAGGACUGAUCUCUUAGAAGAUGUGACAUACAAUAAGAGAAAGAUGAAGGAACUUGAAGAUAACCUCCUUUACCGACUUACCAGCACACAGGGUUCGCUGGUUGAUGACGAGAGCCUGAUUCUCGUCCUGAGCAACACAAAGCGCACAGCUGAGGAGGUCACUCAGAAAUUGCACAUUGCCGCAGAGACUGAAGUGCAGAUUAAUGCGGCCAGAGAGGAGUACCGACCCGUGGCCACAAGGGGCAGUAUCCUGUACUUCCUCAUUACUGAGAUGAGUAUGGUCAAUGUCAUGUAUCAGACGUCACUGAGGCAGUUCCUUGGACUUUUUGACCUUUCUCUCGCUAGAUCCUCCAAAAGUCCCAUCACCAGCAAACGGAUUACCAGCAUCAUAGAUUACAUGACCUUUGAGGUGUAUAAGUAUGCAGCACGGGGUCUGUAUGAAGAGCACAAGUUUCUCUUUACUUUGCUGAUGGCGCUAAAGAUUGACAUGCAGUGCAGCAAAGUCAAGCACGAGGAGUUUCUCACACUCAUCAAAGGAGGUGCAUCAUUGGACCUUAAGGCCUGCCCCCAGAAACCAGCCAAGUGGAUACUCGACAUGACCUGGCUCAACCUUGUAGAGCUGAGUAAACUGUGGCAGUUCUCUGAUAUACUGGAUCAGAUAAGUCGGAAUGAGAAACAGUGGAAGUCUUGGUUUGACAAGGAGGCCCCAGAAGAAGAGGUGAUCCCAAACUCCUAUGACCAGACUCUUGACUGCUUUCGACGGCUACUCCUUAUACGCUGUUGGUGUCCCGACAGAACCAUUGCACAGGCGCGUAAAUACAUAACGGAUGCAAUGGGGGAGAAGUACACAGAAGGGAUGAUUCUUGACUUGGAGAAGAUGUGGGAGGAAUCAGACCCCAGAACACCUCUCAUCUGCUUCCUGUCAAUGGGCUCAGAUCCGACUGACUCUAUUAUCCUGCUGGGGAAGAAACUUAAGAUUGACACCCGAUAUGUCUCCAUGGGACAGGGACAAGAGGUCCAUGCCCGCAAGCUUCUGCAGCAGACCAUGGCAAAUGGUGGAUGGGCGUUACUCCAGAACUGCCACCUGGGUCUGGACUUUAUGGAUGAGCUGAUGGACACGGUUACAGAAACAGAAGUUGUUCAUGAUGGUUUCCGCCUCUGGAUGACCACAGAGGUCCACAGACAUUUUCCCAUCACGCUUCUGCAGAUGUCAAUCAAGUUUACAAAUGAACCACCGCAGGGCCUCAAAGCAGGACUCAGGCGGACCUAUGGAGGCAUAAACCAAGAUCUAUUGGAUGUCAGUAACAUGGUCCAGUGGAAGCCAAUGCUGUACGGCGUGGUGUUUCUGCACAGCACAGUGCAAGAAAGGAGGAAAUAUGGCCCUUUGGGAUGGAACAUCCCCUAUGAGUUCAACCAGGCUGAUUUUAAUGCCACUGUCCAGUUUGUACAGAACCACCUUGAUGACAUGGACGUUAAAAAAGGUGUUUCUUGGAAUACAGUGCGAUACAUGAUCGGAGAGAUUCAGUACGGUGGUCGUGUGACAGACGACUAUGACAAGCGCCUCCUUAACACCUUUGCUAAGGUGUGGUUCAGCGAGGACAUGUUUGGAACAACCUUUAAUUUUUACAAGGGCUACGUCAUCCCGAAAUGCUCCAAUGUGGAUCAGUACCUCACAUACAUUCAGAGUCUUCCAGCCUACGACACCCCAGAGGUGUUUGGUCUGCACCCCAAUGCAGAUAUAACCUUUCAAAGUAAACUGGCCAAAGAUGUACUGGAUACUAUCCUCAGUAUUCAGCCUAAAGACAGCUCCUCAGGAAGUGGGGAGACCAGAGAGACAGCCGUGUCCAGGCUAGCUGACGACAUGCUGGAGAAGCUGCCUCCGGACUACGCACCUUUUGAAGUAAGAGAGCGUCUUCAAAAGAUGGGCCCUUUUCAGCCUAUGAACAUCUUCCUGCGUCAGGAGAUUGAUCGGAUGCAAAGGGUCAUAGUUCUGGUUCGAAAUACCUUGACAGACCUUAAAUUGGCCAUUGAUGGAACCAUCAUCAUGAGCGAGAAUCUGCGGGAUGCACUGGAUUGUAUGUAUGAUGCUCGCAUUCCCGCAUGCUGGAAGAAGGCAUCGUGGGCUUCCAGUACUCUUGGGUUCUGGUUCACUGAGUUGCUUGAGCGGAACCGCCAAUUCCAGGCUUGGAUCUUUGAGGGGCGCCCCAACUGCUUCUGGAUGACAGGUUUCUUCAACCCACAGGGCUUCCUGACAGCCAUGAGACAGGAGAUUACUCGAGCCAACAAGGGCUGGGCGCUGGACCGCAUGGUGCUGUGUAAUGAUGUGACUAAGUGGAUGAAGGAUGACAUCACCCAACCCCCCGCAGAGGGAGUGUAUGUUUAUGGGCUCUACCUGGAGGGGGCUGGCUGGGACCGCCGUAGCUGCAAACUCAUUGACUCCAAACCUAAAGUCCUCUUCGAGAUGAUGCCUGUGAUCAGGAUGUACGCCGAAAAUAAUGGCACCAAAGAUUCCCGCCUCUAUUCCUGUCCAAUCUAUAAGAAGCCGGUUAGGACCGAUGUGAAUUACAUUGCAAAUGUAGACUUGAAAACUUCCCUUCCUUCAGAGAACUGGAUCCUCCGGGGUGUGGCCCUCCUCUGUGAUGUGAAAUGA